AUGUCACCCUGGCAUCAGAUGCACGACGGCUUUCAUCAGACAAAUAUUUUGGUGGCCAUCCCUGAGGAAGGAUGUCGAGAGCUUCAUUUCUGCCUGCCCAGGAAUGUCAAAAUCUACAAACGGUCGUCCGGUUAUAUUCAGAUGAACACUGACUUUGGUUUGGAGAUGCUUUUUAAGAUCACUGAGGUUUUCCAGGUGUAUAUUACGCUUGAAGUGAUGUUCCAGGGAAGCACAAAUGGGCUAUGUGGUAAUUUCAAUGGAGACUCCACAGAUGAUUUUACAAGCAGUAUGAAAAUCAUAGAACAGAAACCACAUUUUUUUGUGAAUUCCUGGAAAGUUACAGCAAAUUGUGGACCUGUUUAUGAUGAGGAUUUGGACCCAUGUUCGUUAAGUCAAGUAAAUGAAAUCUUUGCAGAGAUCCAUUGUUCAGUAUUGUUGGAAGAGACCUCUAUAUUUGGACAAUGUCAUGAGUUUUUAGAUCCAACAGAAUUUUAUAAGAACUGUAGAUACGAAACCUGCAACUAUGAACAAACAAGGGAUUUCAUGUGUGCAAGCUUGGCAUCGUACGCUUUUGCCUGUGCCAAAAGGGGUGUCAUCCUGGUCGGCUGGAGAAACAUUAUAGACGGAUGCAGAAUUCUGUGCCCCUACAAUCAGAUUUUUAGCUACGAUUCCAAAACAUGUAACCGCACCUGCCUGUCACUGUCCAAUCCGGACUUUGAGUGCUCUUCAGUAUAUCUUCUGGUGGAUGGCUGCAACUGCCCAGAGUUUACAUACAAGGACAACACUGGACGAUGUGUCAGUGCAGCUGAGUGCCCGUGCUACCUGGCUAAUGAGGUCAUUGCACAUGCCAACCAGCAGAUAACUCAUUAUGGAGGAACGUGUAUAUGCCAGAAUGGAAACUUGAAGUGCAGUGGUCAGGCCCCUCAGGGUAAGAACACGCUUACUUAUUCUGUUCAAUGUGAAUGCAAUAAUUGA